GAUAUAUUUGAUGGGCUAUCGGUAUGUCGAAGAAACGCUUGAUCUAAGCUGGCUAAUAGUUGGAAAGGACGCGUAGCACGAUGUACCCAAUGGCGAUCUGGUGUGAGUGAUCGAGCACCUUUAGCUGGGGUCUCUAGCAAAAUCAGUGGGGCCGACUUCAUGGUCGAUACGGGACACAGGCUCGGUGUAGCGCAGUACACAAAAUGUAAGGAAAAAAUACAUGUUGUGAAUUUCAUGGCAUGAAUCAAAGACAUUACCAAGAAUUGUCCUACUAAACUCUUAUUUAAUGAACCAAGUAGUGCUUGUACAACAACCUGUCUUCGUUACAUCUGAUAACAUAAGUGUAUAAAUACUGAUCGGACUGAGCUGUGGAUGUUACAGUUACAGUCCAUUUCGUAAAAUGUCUGAUCGCGAUUCUAGACUUAGAGCCAUCGAGUCAGCUGUCGGGAUUAUACCGAACUUUCCAGUGAAAGGCAUUCUCUUCCGUGACUUCUUUGGUGUUUUCAUGAAUCCUGUCUUAACCCAAUAUCUAUUGGAUGAAUUAUAUUAUGUGGCGACAUCCGAGGCAGCGUGUAAAUGUAAAAAGAUAGAUGUUGUUGUGGGUCUCGAGUCACGUGGUUUUCUACUUGGACCAGCACUUGCCCUUCGUCUGAACUGCUCUUUCGUCCCUAUUCGAAAAGCAGGAAAACUUCCAGGUCCUUGUUACUCUCAUCGAUAUACAUUGGAAUAUGGAACUGAUACCGUAGAAAUGCAAAAGAAUGUUAUCAAUUCUGGUGAUAAUGUAUUAUUAUUGGACGAUGUUUUAGCCACUGGUGGAAGUCUUGAAGCUUGUGUUAAUUUGGUAAACCUAUCUGGAGCUAAGGUUUUAUUCAGCUUGUUGUACAUGGAACUGAAGAAUCUGCCUGGACGUAAAAAACUAGAAGAUCUUGGCGUUCCUGUUUAUUCACUUUUCCAAGUUUGAACAUGCUGUCUUGUGUGGAAAUGCCUUAUUCUCUCAUACUUCGUUCCAUUUUUAUUACUUGACAUUAGUUAUUUUUCCUGCAUAUCUGAGAUACCGAAAUGCUUUUUAUAUAUUGAAUCAUAACGUGUUAUUGUUGGUUGUGGAAUGUGUCUCUUAAGCAAUUGAGUUCACUUCUGUAUGUAGAUGCUUAUCUUAACUAACUUCCCCAUUAUUUUGAUUUCAACUGUUCGGUGACUUUGCUUGUAUUAUCAAUGACCGUUAUUUAAGAAAAAGAAGACUUUUCAGC